GCGUGUUUCUUCCAUUUUGCUUUGUGAAGAGGAAAAAUUUGAUUUUUCUCUCCGUUCAAAGGCAGAUUUCGCUAAGAAAAUAAGAGUGAAAUCGUCGAUGUCGAGACGUUCGGACUGAGCCCGCCGCACGACGGAAGCGAGUUUUCACUUUUCCCCGAACUUGGUCAGCUUCAAACUUCACCACCAAAGGAGCCAGUCAGUUCGACGACAAUAAAGGAACCGUAUUCUAACCGUCCAGUUAUCAAGAUCAAAAUGAAUGACAGCGGAGAUGAGAGUUUGGUGAACUAUUUGAAUGGUGUUGAUGAAGGUAAAGCACCUUCUCUGGAUCUGGUGGACAAUCGCAGUGUUGGUGAUAAUGGUACCGAUGACCUUGACCUUAGUAGGCCUACUGCAGAUUUUGAUUUGGGAUCAGAUCUGCAGGCAGUUGUUUCGGAACGAUCUACAGACAUCCAGCCACUACUGGUUGGUGAUGCCCCCUGGCCCAUUAAACUUGCAAAUGGGGAUGGGCGCCUUUUGAGCAUUCGAAAAGUGAUGGAACCGACAGUUAUGAAACAAAUUGGUGACAUGAUGUCACCAUGCCGGCCACCUCGUAACUGUGCUAAGUCUGUGCCUGGGAGGUCUUCCCCAGAUUAUUCUGAAUAUGAAGAGAGUCUUGUUGAUGAGAAUGGAAAAAAGAUGACUAGAAAUGCAAUCAAUGCGAGAGAAAACCGUAUGCGAAAGAAACAAUUUAUUGAAGGACUUCAAAAAAGUGUGAAAGAUCUCUCUAGCGAGAAUGGUGCCUUGAAACGGCAGGUCUCUGAUAUGCAGUCCACUAUUGAGUCCUUGACAAAGGAUGUACUUUAUUUGAAAGGUGUCCUAGCAAAUCAGAGCCACUUGUCAGCGUUGUUGAGAAACAUUCAUAAUACCCCUGGUGUCAAUUUCAGUAGUUCAUUUGAAUUGCCUGCUCCACUAGCAGAGGAAGACAUUGAUGGCGAUGCUGGCUCUCCAAAGACCAGCCGCAAAAGAGACAAUGACUGUCUAAAUACAUGUAGCAAUGAUGAGGAAAAUCAGAUCCCUCAUCCAUCGACCUCUGAUACCCCAAGAUCCAAAGUCCAGAAGCUUGAUCAUGCUUACAACCGACCUGUCACUCGACGAUCACCAGGAACGAAGAACACUGAUAAGCAAAAACAUGAGAAGAUCAGUGACAACGACAGACAAAAGGAGAGUGAUAAGUUUCGUGAUCUAAAUCUUCAGGAUGCUGGUGGUGUGUGCCUUCAUGUUUCAAAGGGGAAUGUUUCCCUCGAGUUCUGUGCCUCUUGCAGCAGGAAUGCUGCUAAUGGGCAUUCUAAGGAUUCAUGAGGUGGUUCUCUGGUAGAAGAACAGCAUCGUUGUUCAUCAAAGAAUCGCAGAGUUUACGGGAGUAACAAAUCUGCGUGGUUAUAAAAUGGUCGGUAUUAUGGUCUGUGCUCAUUAACUUUACCAAGAAAAGGAAGCAAUGAACCAAUGUGGAGUUCGAAGAGGCAGGAUUGAUCAUGGCAAUAUGCUGAAUAUUGAUGUACACUGUAAUUUUCUGUUUUGCCUCCCAGUCAAAUACUUGGAGCAGUGAUGUCCAAUAAAUAUAACCCCUGAAGCUCUGGACUGAACUUGUAGAAAAUGUAAUUGGCUGGAUGUAGAUUGACAUAGCAGUUGAAAUCUGCAAAAUGUUGAAAUACAAAAGCUACUUUAAUUUCAAACGUGAAAACAAGACUGAAGUGUCAGUGGCGUGCUCAUAUAAACUAUCAUCAUUCAAGUAGCCUGCUGUAACUGUACAUGUAUUAUCAUUUAAUUCAUUUGAAUUUAGUUUUUUAAGUCAAAGUACUAAACAAGCAUUGUUUAAUUUUCAGUGAAAAAUACUUGACUUUGUGAUGGAACUUCAGACUUCACACAGUUUUCGGUCCCGGAUUGAAUGGUGUAGUAUAAAAUAUCAAAUGGUCCGUGUCUCUUUUUAGAAUUGCUUUUCACUCUGGGCUUCCUAAGCUAAUGUAGGUAUUGCAAAAUCUAGAAGAAGGCUUGUCAUUGGACAUGUGGGGCCUAGGAUUUGCUCAAUCGCAGUUUUUGCAUUCUUGUGCAGAUUGGAUGGAUGAUCGAUUAUGAAUUCCAUUGCUAUACUGAAAAUUACCACAUUAUCUAGAGUCAAUACUUAUCUCAGGAAUUAAAUGGCAUUCUUAUAGCUUUUGUAGUACCUACAACAGUUCUGAACCUUGCUAUCUUGUGAUUUCAGUUAAGUUUCAGAACAUCCAAAAGCUCAGCUAAAAAUCCUGUUUCGGAACAACUUGUAGCCAAUUUUCUUCAAAAUGAUGAGAUUGGUUCCGGUCGUUCUUGGGAGGGAAUCACAUUGACUCACAAGAUAGAUGCCGAGAUUAAGAGAGGAAGCUCAGUUGUUGUUGCAUUUGUUGAUAUGAUUUAGAACAGCACUGUAAAUAUUUUAAAAGGAUAUGUCCAACUUGUAGCCAAGAAUUUAUUUGUCUGAAUUUGUAGCGAGCUGUAAGAAAAUUAUUGUUUAAAAACAAUGAGUUUAUAGGAAUCUUUGUGUGGGGUCAGAUAAAUUGACAUGUUUGAUUUUCACUUGAAGUUUCUGCAUUCAUGACAGUGGAAAGGAAAUACAAUGAAAAGACAUUAAAAAAACAUCCUGCCAUUUAAUCAGUGACAGGAAAUCUAAUCGUGAACAAUUUCUCUGGCCACAAUCAAUUUUACUUAUAAAAUUCGUCAGUCUCUAGGCACUUUCCAUUUAUUUUCCAGGAGAAGAAAGAAGACAGCCUUUGUUUUGGGUUGAGAAGCGACAACCUUGUAAAACAAACUUUCAAAACAUUUCAAGCACAUGGUAAGGUACCCAUUUUAUUCCUCUGAUAGAGCAUUAUAAGUUUUCACUGGAUCGCAGAUUAAAUUCCAGGUAGAAUGCUGAGCUUUUACUGUUAGUAGGUCUCGUCGAUACAAAAAGCAGUCUGGAUGGUAAUGGGGAAAACCAGAAUUUGCCCGUGAAAAGAUUAUGCAAAUUUAGUGGUUAAAAGGUUCCUCUUUCUAUAAUGCUCUGUCAGAGAUAUUUUGCCGGGUAUACUUUGUGACCAUGUAAUAGUUGUAUUAUAAUUUACCUUUCAUGCUUGACCAGUUGAGUUGGUUGCCGGUGGAGAGUGGUGGAGUUAAACGAACGAUUGUGAACUUGCCCUUGCUUGCACUCAUCUGAGGGUAAGGCUGUAAGUAUAACAUGUAAGUACGAUGUGUAGGAUUGUGGCCUGUAAUUCGUCUUUAAAAUUUGUAAUUCAAGUAACUGAAUAUCAUGACUGCAAGAAAUUAUUAAUUUGUGUGAGAAGUAAAAUAUUGGUCAGUUUGAAUGUUUUGAAUGAAAAUGGAAAAAGGACAAUGAUGCACUGUUCAAGGUGGAUGGAACAGCUAAAUUUUAAUCUUUGCUGGAUGUGUAUGUUACUUGAAUUACAUUCUUUUUAGACAUAAGAGCUACCAAAUUGUAUUGUAAAGGACUUGCCACUGAGGACACCUGCCUUUCCAAUAUAUUAUGCAGGGUGUGACUAGGGUUACAAGGCCGGUCAACACCUUGGCGAUGUUGGUUUAUGAGAGUUACAAUAAAAUAUGGAAUGAGGGACUUUGAAUUUUAUUCAUGGUUUACCUUGCGACCAACCAGCCAGGGCAUAUUGUUUAACAAGGUUUAUCUGCAGGACCCCAAGUCCUUGAAAUGAACACCAAUUUGGUCUAUUUGUCCACAUGGCUAGGUGUCCUUUGCAUGGUAGGUUCUCUAGAAAGAAGAUGAAGCACUAAUUCGUGCUGGUCCUUGGUUUAUGCUAUGUUACAAUGCUUCAGAUCAUGUUGUGCUAUGUUCAUUUAGUACUUAGUUGUCAUUCCGUACAUUUCUUGUAUCAUAUUGUAAAUAAUAAAGCAAAUGUAU